AAAAGAAUCUCAUAAAGCCAGGUCCCAGCUUGAAGGGGCCGUCAGGGACGAGUGAGAUGCAAUUUCACUGCCUUGGUUGUGGUCACGCUUCGGAGAUGUUUGGGUUUGUGAAAGAUGUGUUUAUGUCCUGUGCAAAGGAUUGGGGUCUAGAAACCCUAUUGAAGGAGCUUGAUUGUGUGGGGAAAAUCUUUCGGGGAAGUGAAGAUUUCAAAGGCAAGGAGCUGCAUAUUAAGGCCGACGAAAUGCUCUCCAAGCUUGAAAAUAAACUGAUGUCGCCUUCGGAUGUCUGCAAUUUCAUCCUUCAGUUUUUCAACUACACAGAUGGCAUGUCAGACUUCACCUCUUCCAGUGUGCCUCCAAAAGAAUUGCUGGCAAACCAAACUAACCCUAGGAAUGAUGCAGCCCCUCUUCGUACACCCAAGUCACUGCCUCCAAAGUCUUGUUUCUACAACAUGAACUCGUUGCAGCAUGAUCUACAUCAGAGUGAUCUGAACACUACCCCCAUGGGAGACAAAAUGAUCAAAGAUGAGUGGUCCGUGAAGUCAUCCUCAUCGAAGAAAGAUGGGUAUGACAGCUUGGAAAGCAUUGUGCGGAUUAAGGAAGUUGAAUCUAGAAUGUUCCAAAACCGAGCAGAUGAAGCGAGGAGAGAAGCAGAGAAUUACAGGCGGAUGGUGCGGAUGAAGAAUGAGAAAUUGGAAGAGGAGUAUGCCGAGAAGCUUGCCAAACUGUGUUUGCAGGAAACCGAGGAAAGGAGGAGGAAAAAACAGGAGGAGGUUAAGACGUUGGAAAAUUCACAUUUCGAUAGAGGGGCAACUAAAACACCAAACAAAAAGCAAAAUUACAUUGACACUGCUUAUUCUUCAGGAUUAGACUACAGCGGCUCAACCUCUAGCUGCUCGUAUGGAAUUGGCUACUCCAAUGUCACAUUAGCGGUAGCCAAGGCUCUGAGCCAGCCGCCUAAUGCUAUUGACACCACAUCUGGCUAUGCACGGAAUGCUGUUUUGUUAAUUGGCAGAGAAAUCGACGAGGCCACGCUUAAGGCCAUGGCAGCAUCCUUCAAAGUCGAAGCAUCAGAAGCAACCAGCUUGUUCUUUAUUCUAGGUUGUAUGAUAAACGGCGAAGCCAAGUCCUACGACUCUUCUAUGCACGACCGUUUAUCAGUUUAG